UUUCCCUCACCAUCGCGCUCGUCGACGUCUCGAAUCCCUUCCGCUUUCAUUCUCUCCCUUCCAUCCUCGAUUGUUUGGUUCCCGCAGAAUGGCUCCCAAGGCGGACAAGAAGCCGGCGGAGAAGAAGCCCGCAUCCACCGCCGCGGCGGAGGAGAAGAAGGCGGAGAAGGCCCCGGCGGCGGCGGAGAAGAAGCCCAAGGCGGAGAAGCGGCUGCCGAAGGAGGGGGUGGCAUCGUCGACGGACAAGAAGAAGAAGAAGAAGUCGAAGAAGAGCAGCGAGACCUACAAGAUCUACAUCUUCAAGGUGCUGAAGCAGGUCCACCCGGACAUCGGCAUCUCGAGCAAAGCGAUGGGCAUCAUGAACUCCUUCAUCAACGACAUCUUCGAGAAGCUCGCCCAGGAGGCCUCCAGGCUCGCUCGCUACAACAAGAAGCCGACCAUCACUUCUCGCGAGAUCCAGACCUCGGUCAGACUCGUUCUCCCCGGGGAGCUUGCGAAGCACGCUGUCUCGGAGGGGACCAAGGCGGUCACCAAGUUUACCAGCUCUUAGUUAUGCCUUUUUUUUCCCUCCUCUUUGAAGUAGUUUAAAGGAAGCUUUAGGUGGGUAAUGGCUUGGGGUUUUGGAAAUAUUGUGCAAAGGGGCGUCUUUGGUGGUAUAAAAAAAUCUAACUAAUGAAAUCAUGGCUCUUUGGAUACUGUUUGCAUU